AUGGAUACUAGCAAGCAAGCUAAACUGGAAGCUAAUAGGAGAAGGGCUAUCGAGAGAUUGAAACAAAGAGGUAUACUAAAAGAAAAUGAAAUACGGAAAAUUGAGGAUAGAAACGUACCUUUGAGUAAAAUUGUGCCGAAACCAGUUGACAAUGCAAAUAAGAAUGUACAGCCCAAAUCAGUGACAAAAAGUACAACUACAACUACACUUUCAACAGUACUGCCACCUAUACCAUCUCCACAAUCAACACCAACAGUAUCAUCUAAUAAUGUUGAGCACACCUCUUCAAAGAGACCACUAGAUAAGAUACGACCUACUAUAAGGACAAAAGAUUACAUAGAAUAUGAUUUCUCUACUAUGAAUAACCUAAAUGGUGGUUACAUUAAUCCCAAAGAUAGAUUAGAUAAUUACGAAUCAUUUGAUGAUGACGGAAACCCAGUUUAUGGUUCUAAAAAACAAAAAACUUUGGAUGAUUGGAAAAGAGAACAACAAGAACGUCGUCAUAUCUAUGAAAAUGCCCCUCCCCCUGAACAUUUCUCAACUGCACCGAAAUGUGUCGAGUGUAACAUCAAUAUUGAAAUGGACCCUGUGCUACAUGAUGUGUUCAAAUUACAAGUUUGUAAAUCAUGUGUGAAAGAACAUCCUGAAAAAUAUUCUCUAUUGACCAAAACUGAAUGCAAAGACGAUUAUUUCUUGACGGAUCCAGAAUUAAACGAUUUAGAAUUGUUCCAUAGAUUAGAAAAACCUAAUCCACAUUCAGGUACUUUUGCAAGAAUGCAAUUAUUUGUAAGAUGUGAAAUCGAGGCAUUUGCAUUCAAAAAAUGGGGGAAUGAAGAGGGUUUAGAUAAAGAAUGGCAACGUAGAGAAGAGGAAAAAGUUAAGAGACGUGAAAAAAAAUAUCAACAAAAUAUUAAAGAAAUGAGACUGAAAACAAGAGCCCAAGAGUUCACAAAUCGAUUAAAAUUGAAAAAAUAUGGUAAACAGCAUACACAUCAAUUCAGCAAUGCCAUAAACAAUGGGAAAGACGAAGAUGGUCAUGACAUAAUUAAAAGAAGAUGCAUUGAUUGUGGGUUUGAAAUAGAAGAGACACCUAUAUAA